AUGCCCGUUCUCAAGCUCCCCGCCCUUUUGUCUCCUAGGCCGUUGGCAUCUACAGUGAACGAUAAGCUGGAACUUCAGGAGUGCCUGGAGCACGGCAGGAUAGCAAAGUUCAGCAAAGUGCGAACUAUCACCACUCGCUCCAACUCCAUCAAGCAGGGCAAGGACCAGCAUUUCCCCGUCUUCAUGAACGAGAAGGAGGACAUCCUAUGGUGCACGGAGAUGGAGAGGGUCUUCGGCUUCCCGGUUCAUUACACAGAUGUCUCCAACAUGAGCCGCCUGGCCCGGCAGAGACUGCUAGGCAGAUCUUGGAGCGUGCCGGUGAUCCGCCAUCUCUUUGCUCCCCUGAAGGAAUACUUCGCCUGCGUUUAAGACACACAGGAACUAGUGAAGUGGAACGAAUCAGAAAUAAAACCACCCAUGAGAAGAGAAGUGAAAAUGUGGAACAAGAGAAAAAUCAGCACCCAGAAGAGAGAAAGGAUUAAACCCGAUGGGAAUCCACCGCGUCUCCCCAAGCGAAAGGGUUCGGUGUCCUCUCCUGAAUUUUCAAUGUUCAGCUUUUAGCCUAUUUAAAAAAAAAACAAAAACCGUUUUUUUUUUGGUAACCUUUUAAUUUUCCGCUCUUUUCUGGAUGGGUUUUUCUGUUAGUUUGGUUUCUGCUUCUCGAAGCUGCGAGCGAGGCGAGAGGCUUUCCCGAGCUCGUGAGCAAGCGCUGUCGUAGCAGGAGGGCAAAGCCAGCAGGAAACGCUAGCAGAAACCCAAGCCUAGAGAGGGGAACGCGAAAGCAAGGUUGUGUCGCUCUGAGCUCGAGUUCUGUCUCUGGUCUGGUGAGCGUAGGAGCACAAAGCAGGGAGUGCUCAGCCUGCGCCGUAACUUCCAGCACUGAGCCUUACUUACUUCUACCAGCACCAUCACUGGUGAUGCAAAGCAAAACCAACUAGCAGGGAAGCCAAGAACACGCACCACACCACACACUUUUCUACAGUAUUUCGGGUGCCUACCGCACAGGAAACCUUGAAGAAAGCAGAUCCUAGAUGCCGCUGUUACCUCUUGUUUACAGUUUAUAUAUAUAUGAUAGAUAUGAGAGAUAGAUAUAUAUAUAUAUAAAAGGUACUGUUACUACUGUACAACCUGACUUCAUAAUGGUGCUUUUAAACAGCGGGGUGAGUCAAAACAUCAGCUUCCACGUUGCCUUACGUGCCAGGGCUUCCCACAGAGCUGUGCAGGAGGGGAACCAAUGCAGACUGAGUGCCGGGGGCAGGGGAGGUACUGGGCCCCCGCCCCCCGGACAGUGCGGGGGAGGGACGGGAGGCAGUCUCCGUCCCAUGUCAUGCAAUAACCUUUUUCUUUUCUAAAAGGAAGGCCCCCCUCCCACGCACUGGGGAGAAGCGGGUCUGGGGCUGCCCCCACCCGCCCGCCAGGGCCGGGGGGAGAGAAAGCCCUCGCCAGAGAAUAACAACACACAAACGUACUGGUGCUUUUCUGUGUACGUCGCCUUUGGGUGUUCUUUUCCGAGGGGCUCCCCUCCCCCGGCCCCUAGGCUGGGGUGCAGCACCGGGCAAAGCGAUGCUUUGGGUCACCUCCCAAUUCACAGGCUGCAGUUUUAUACUGAGAAGCUGAUGCCAUCUUUGAUUCUUCUUGUCUCUUUGUUGUAGAAUGAAGAAUUUGACUGUAGGUUCAUGCCGAGGUGGGGAGGAGGGCCGGGCGGACGCCCCCCAUUGCUCACCCAGGCCCGGGGGUGCAGGGCAGAGCUCCGGCUGCCCUGUUGGGUGCUCCCGGCCCGGCAGGGGGCUGGUUCUCUCUUUCUGUGGACGCUGUGAAUUCUGUUUCUUUUAGUACUUGAUUGAACUGCAGCUGUGCUGUCCCUUCCCACCAGCCACCAGCACGCGGCCCCUCGUGGCCUGGGCGGAGAGCGCACGCUCUGCGGGGCAGGAGGCGGAGGGCCGGCCUGGGGCCAGGGCUAGACUAGGAAUCACACUGGCAGGCCGCCUGAGGGAGACUCGCCCCAGCAUCUCCAGAGGGGCUGGUGGCCCAGCACCAGCCCGACAGCCUGGGCAGGCAGAGCAGAGGCAGCUUUGCCCCGGGCACCUGCCUAUGCAGCACGCUGAGGGAAAGCCAGCAGGCGCCGCGGGCACUCUGGUGCGCAAGCAGCCGCUGCAGAGCAGCGCCAGCCGGGCCAGGGGGAGAUCCCAGAGAACUCGAGGGCAGCCCCGAGGGGUGGUACGUUCAGGUGGGCACAUGGCCAAAGCUAACCCAUCCAGGCCAUGAGGGCAUAGCCCUACCGCACCCAGCUGGCACCAGGGGAGGAUCUGGCCCUCCAGGGGCAUUUGCCAGUGUGCCCUGGAACGGCAGGCCCGGGAGGAGCUUGGCGUCUGUCUUGGCCUCUCUGUUGAGUCUGCCGGGGGGAGAGCAGCUGGGAGGGGGCUUUCCCAACGCGCCCCGCGGGCACACGCCCCGAAGGGCACUGAUCAGCUGCCA